UGGGAGAGAAAGUAUGAAGCAGCGGAAGGAUAAGGUGAGAGAUUAGUGAUUACACAAGAAUGAAUACUUCUUCUCUCUCCUUCCUUCAUUCACCAUUCCCAACUUCCUCCUCCUUCCUCCCACUCAACCCGCAAACCCCUUCCUUUUCUUUCGUCGUUGAAGCGCAUUCCACCACCCGCCGCCAAGACAGGACCGCCCGCCACAUCCGCAUCAGGAAGAAGGUUGAAGGGACACCAGAAAGGCCACGAUUGUCCGUGUUCCGAUCCAACAAGCAUCUCUCUGUCCAGGUCAUAGAUGACACCAACAUGCACACUCUUGCUUCUGUUUCAACAAUGCAGAAGGCAGUUUUUGAAGAAUUCAACUACACAGCUGGUCCUACAGUUGAAGUAGCAAAGAAGAUUGGUGAAAUCAUUGCAAAGUCCUGUCUGGAUAAAGGGAUCACAAAGGUGGCCUUCGACCGAGGUGGAUACCCGUACCACGGUCGUGUUCAAGCACUCGCAGAUGCAGCUCGCGAACAUGGUCUGGAGUUCUAAAAUGAUUAUGCACUUGCCAUGUAGUUCAUUUUGAAGUUUGUUAAUGAUUUAACAAUUCUUUUUAAGGGCAGUGCCUCUUUUCCGGUGACUUUGUGAUGAUCCAAUGACUUCUUUCUUCUAUCCAUCCAUCUACAUCACAGUUCUUUCUAUUU